AUGAGCGGGAUGCAGCGAUUCCUCCGACUGAGUGCGGAUGAAGCCGCAGCCGCCAUGAAACCCAAACUAGUGGAAGGAAAAUGGAAACAACCACUGAUUUCUGGCCGUAAAAUUGCCAUGGUAAAGAAGCAUGCGGUGCGCAAUGGACUUGUGGGUACGUGGGAGGAAGGCAAAGGCGGGUGGCUCGAGACCUGGGACCGACCACAGAAGCACCACGUUAUGCGACCGCUGAAGGGCCAUAAAAAUCAACGCAAUGAAUUUGAUCGUGUCAAGAAGGUGCAGGCGGCAUUGGAGACGAUGCCUAGCAAGAUUGCGGAGCACAAGAAGGCGGUCAAACAGUCAAAGCCACUCAAGGGAUUGGAGAAGUGGCUCAACGAGACGGACCCGUACUAA